AUGUUAUCAAGCAAUUCUGAAUUUUCCACAAAUUUGGAAGCAUUUGUUUUGCCCACAAUUAUACCUCCGCAACCAAAUCAUGAUUUGGAUAUACAAAACUGGCAAAUUCCCAAGAAUAUUAGAUUAGCAGACCCUAAUUUUAACGUUCAAGGAAAAAUUGACAUUUUACUCGGAGCUGAGUUUUACUUCAGUUUAAUGCAACCAGGCACAAUAAAACUAAAUGGUCAUCAACCCAUACUCCAAAAUACUGCGCUUGGCUGGAUUGUAGGUGGUUUAGUUCAACAAUCGUCAACGGACGACACAUCAGCAGCGCUAACAUGCGCAAUUUUUAGUGAAACAUCACUGGAACAAGCUAUCGAAAAAUUAUGGAAACUUGAGGAAGUGGAAUCAACUGAAAAGGUCAUGUCUCCAUUAGAAACCCUUUGCGAAUCUCACUUCAAUCAACAUGUUAAGACGGAUCAGAAUGGUCGUUUCAUCGUCAGCUUUCCGUUUCAAGAAUCUCCAACAGCAUUGGGAAAAUCACAUGCAAUGGCUUAUAACCGAUUUAUGAGCCUUGAACGCCGACUUCUACAGAAGGAAGAUAUCCGAAGUCAGUACAUUAAAUUUAUGCGAGAAUAUGAACAAUUAGGACACAUGCAAAAGAUUGACGUGUGUACCGUAUCAAAUCCUAAAUAUUUUAUUCCGCAUCAUUGUGUUCUCAAGCCCGAUAGUACAACAACAAAACUUAUGGUUGUAUUUGACGCAUCAGCGAAAACUUCAUCAGGUCAAUCGUUAAAUGAUCUAAUGUAUACAGGACCAAUCGUACAAAGUGAAUUGUUUUCUAUUUUGCUGAGGUUUCGAUUGCCAAAAUUCGUCUUCACAACCGAUAUUGAAAAGAUGUACAGGCAAAUUUUAAUGCAUCCCGAUGAUCAAAGGUAUCAGCUAAUUAUCUGGAGAGAGGAUCCAUCCCAUCCAGUCAGUUAUUACAAACUUAAUACGGUCACAUAUGGGACACGUUCAGCACCGUAUCUGGCUACAAAAUGCUUACAAAAGAUUGCAAACGAGAACAUGGAGCGUUAUCCAUUAGGCUCACAAAUGCUGAAAGAUAAUUUUUAUAUGGAUGACGGUCUCGGCGGUGCAGAUAGCCUAAGUACAGCUAUUGAAAUACAAAAGGAGUUAAUAACAAUCUUGAAACAACACGGCUUCAUUCUAAGGAAAUGGUCAUCCAAUACACCAAGAUUGCUGAAGGACAUACCACAUAGCGAUCGAGAAGUGAACCUGGAUCUCAACGAAUCACAAACAAUAAAGACGUUGGGAUUAUAUUGGAUGCCGCAAGCAGAUCAAUUUUGUGUAAAAACGAACAUUGAUCAUAAUGAAAUCAUAUCAAAACGAGUAGUUACGUCUGAACUAGCAAAAUUAUUUGAUCCGCUUGGCCUACUUGCACCGAUUGUGGUGAAGGCAAAAAUAUUUAUUCAGCAGCUGUGGCAACAUACAUUAGAUUGGGACGAAGCAUUACCCGAAAAACUUUGUGCCACUUGGAAAACAUUUCGAAGGGAAUUGGAAGGUCUCAACAACUUUAAGAUACCGCGACAUGUAUUCUGUGGAGAGAUCCCGACGAAAACCCAGUUGCAUGUGUUUGCCGAUGCAUCGGAAAGAGCUUUUGGCGCGGCUAUUUAUAUUCGUUUUAUUGGAAAAGAUGGACGAGUCGUCGUACGUCUGAUCUGUGCUAAAUCCAGGGUAGCUCCUUUGAAAAAACAAACUCUACCACGAUUAGAGCUAUGUGCCGCAGUGGUAGCAGCUCAACUGGCUACCAGGGAAGUUACAAAGAAUUUUGGCAUACGUGCUUAG